AUGGUGUUGCGCGGGCAGAGGGUCUUGGUAACAGGCGCCGGGAGAGGGAUAGGACGGGCGAUUGCUCUGAUAUGUGCAGAGCAGGGAGCAAAGGUAGCGCUCAUGUCUCGCACAGAGGAGGAGCUCAAGGCGGUAGCUGAGGAGGUGAAGAAGGCGCAUGGCGAGGAGGCGCUUUACCUUCCCGUCGAUGUCACCAACGAGGGGCAAGUGGAACGAGCUGUGCAGAGCGUGGUGGAGAAGUGGGGGGGGAUCGACAUUCUGGUGAACAAUGCAGGAGCCGCCUGCGAGAAGAAACCAGCGUACGAGCAGUCGGUGGAGGAGUUCCGUAAGCUGUUGGAGAUCAACACUGUGUCUGUGCUGUCAGUGACCAAGUCGGUCAUCAACCAAUCGAUGCUGCCGAAUAAGAAGGGAAAGAUAAUUAACAUCUCCUCUCGAGCCGGGAAGGUCGGGUACAAGAACAUGCUCCCAUACUGUUCUUCCAAGUUUGCGCUCGAAGGUCUCACGGCCGCUCUGGCUCAGGAUGUCAAGGACCUGGGAAUCACCGUCAACUCAAUCUCCCCUGGGAUGGUGGACACUAAGAGUUUCCCCAAGGCUGAAGGGCAGGCAGGGGUCAGGACAGCGGAGAGCAUCCGAGAUGGCCUACUUGCUCUGAUGCUGAGUGAUGAGACUGGGAAGUAUAUUCACGUCGACGAGUUCGAUGCCGCAGUCGAGAAAGGCGACAUGAAGAAGGCAUUCAAGAACAUUCAUGAAGAUGCUUUCCAGGUCUGAUCGACAAGGGCAGUCGCCAGUUAGUCAAGGAACUUGCAGCUUGCGAUGUGGCUGUCGUUUAUAGAUGAAACGAUUUG